ACUUUAACGGAGGAAUGUUCGCUUUAUACCUCCUACCAAGAGGGAGGAACCGUUAGACCCGCACCUGCAGCGGAUCUGUCUGCGUUUUGUCUUUUAAAUGAACGUGCUUUUGUUAUGGUGUUGACAGACUCGUAUGGUUUGGUUCCUGUGAGGUUAUUUUGUGGUCUUGUAUGAUGUCAGAAAGCUCUUGUGUGUCCGGGACCCCUCAGCGCCUGAUGCCUCUGGCCCUCAGGGGAGAAUGGACGGCUCUGGAACAGAAACUCAAGACCCUGGAGAAGGGAGAUCCGGAGGUCUUCCAGAUCGACGAGGAGUCUGGCUUGAGCCUCCUGAUGGUCGCGGUGCGAGAGAGCCGUCUGUCUAUUGUUGACAGGUUGCUGGAACUGGGGGUCAAUCCAAGUGACAAAACGAAGGAUGGCAGAUCAGCAUUACACAUCGCUGCAGCUCACUCCAAAGACGAGAUCGUCAAACUACUGGCCAGAAAAGCUGAUCCCAAUUUACCAGCAGGGCCCAGUGAUCAGUUGCCCCUGCACUACGCAGUGUCUCGACCGACCGGAGGACUUGGAGUCGUGCAGACUCUGCUCAAGUUCAGCAGCAAAGAUGCUCGUCUUAUACCAGACAAGGAUGGCUGCCUUCCGCUGCUGCUGGCUGUCGAAGCUGGGAAUGUUGUGAUUGUUCGGGAACUCCUCUCCUGCCAAUCCGAGCCGCAGCUCAGAGCCAUGAAGGCAGCAAACGGCGACACUGCGCUUCACAUCUGCUGCAGACGGAAAGAUGUUGAGAUGGCCAAAGUCUUGGUGGAGUUUGGGGCAAAUCCAGACUCUCAGAACAAUGAAUGGCAGACUCCUCUGCACAUCGCCGCUCUGGAAGGAGACGAGAACAUGCUGAAGUUUUUAUACCACUGCAAGGCCAGUCCUAACAUCUUAGACAAGAUGGACAGAUCUCCUCUACACAUCGCCGCAGAGCAGGGACACACCAAUGCAGUCGAGAUCCUCACCGAGAAGUUUAGGUCAUGUGUGUUAGCAAGAACAAAGGACGGCAACACGCUUUUGCAUAUCGCAUCUCAAUGUGGUCACCCUGCAACCGCUCUCACGCUACUGAGGAAAGGCGUCUCGCUGCACAUGCCUAACAAGUCAGGGGCGGUUUGUCUUCACGCCGUAGCCAAGAGAGGACACGCAGCUGUAGUGAAGGCUUUGCUCGAGAAGGGGGCACAUGUGGAUGCCACGGCUAAAGAUGGACAGACGGCACUUCACAUCGCGGUGGAGAACUGCAAGCCGCAGGUGGUGCAGAUGCUGCUGGGAUUCGGGGCAAAUGUGGAGCUCAGAGGAGGAAAGGCGCAGGAAACCCCUCUGCACAUCGCAGCGAGAGUGAAGGAAGGUGAACGGGCGGCUGAAAUGCUUCUGAAGAGCGGAGCCGAUGUGAACGCAGAGCAGAAGAACGGAGAGACAGCUAUGCAUGUAGCCGCACGUCACGGUGCUCUGCAGAUGAUACGAGCGCUGAUCCAGGAGGGUGGAGACGUGACCUGGAAGUCUAAGGUUGGUGAAAACCCUCUCCACGUUGCGGUGCGUCACUGUCACGCUUGCGUGGUGGAGGAGGUUUUAAACUCUCUGACCAAUGAGAGGAGCCGUCAGGAGGCGGAGCUGUGUGUGCGUGAAGGGAACCAGAAGGGCGAGACGCCACUGCACCUGGCAGCUGAGCUCAGGAGCGACGCGGUGCAUCGGCCGGAUGAGGACACCUGCAUCAUCAAGAUCCUGAUGGAGCAUCACGCUGACGUCACCGCCGUCACCCGACAGAGCGGAGAGACACCUCUUCAUUACAGCGCCAGGGUGGGAAACACCGCUGUUCUUCAGGAGAUGCUCAGUAAUGUCCCCUCCAACCAGCUCCAGACCGCCAUCAACAAACACGCCAAGAACGGCUGGUCGCCACUGCUGUUGGCCGCAGAGCAGGGUCACACAGAGGUGGUGAAGAUCCUGCUGCAGAACAAUGCCAGAGUGGACGUGUUUGAUGAGGAGGGGAAGGCCGCCAUUCAUCUGGCUGCAGAACAUGGUCAUCAAGACAUCGUGGACAUCCUGCUGGCCCAUAAGGCCUUUGUGAACGCCAAGACCAAACUGGGCCUGACGCCUCUGCACCUCAGUGCUCAGAGCGGCUCGGCGCAGCUUGUCAGGUUACUGGUGGAGACCCAUCAGGCCAGUGUUGAUGCUCUCUCUCUGAGAAAGCAGACGCCUCUGCAUCUGGCAGCCAUCAGCGGACAGCUGGACGUUUGCUGCAGCCUGUUAAACCUGAAAGCUGACGUCACUGCCACAGAUAUUCGCGGUCAGACUCCUCUUCAUCUGGCGGCGGAGAACGAUCACUCUGAGGUGGUGAAGCUGUUUCUGAGGCAGCGGCCUGAAUUAGCCAUGCUAGCUAACAUGGAGGGAGCGACCUGCACACACAUCGCUGCGGCUAAAGGCAGUGUGGCCGUCAUUAAAGAACUGCUCCUGUUUAAUCAAGGAGGACCGGUCACGCUCAACAACAAGACUAAUGGUUUGUGUCCGCUGCAUUUGGCUGCUGCUGGCGGUCAUACGGAGGUGGUGAAGGUUCUUCUGGACGCUGGAGCAUCAGUGACGGAAGAGGACACCGAGGGCAUGACGGCCAUACAUUUGGCUGCCAAGAAUGGACACACUAAUAUUCUGGAGGUGCUGAAAGGCAGUGUUUCGCUGAAGCUCCAGAGCUCCAAGACAGGUUUAUCGGCUCUGCACGUGGCAGCCUGUUUCGGACAGGUGGACUUCGUGAGAGAGAUCCUGACUAAAGUUCCAGCUACAAUACGCAGUGAAUUCCCCACCAACAGCAGCAGCAGCGGCAAAGACGACGUCAAGAGACAACAGCCAUUAGCUGAGUCAGGUUACACUCCUCUGCACCUGGCGGCUCAGUCCGGUCAUGAGAACGUGGUUCGCCUGUUGCUGAAUUCUCCUGGUGUUCAAGCCGAUGCUGAAACAAACAUUCAGGGCUCCAGUCCUCUGCACCUGGCAGCUCAGAGCGGACAAACAGCUGUGGUUGGGCUGCUGCUCAGCCGCUCUGGAUCUCUGCUGCACCUGACCGACAAACACGGAUGUACCUGCCUGCAUCUGGCCGCUGCACACGGACAUGUGGCCAUGGUGAGAGUCCUGCUGGGACAGGGAGCGGAGAUCAACCACACGGACACGAGUGGCUGGACGGCGCUGCAUUACGCGGCUAAAGCUGGCUGUCUGGAGGUGGUGUCGUUUCUGGUGGAGAGCGGAGCGUCGCCACAUGUCGAAUGUCGUGCCGGAUGGACGCCACUGCAGUACGCCACUCAGGAGAACCACGAGGAAACCGUCAUCUUCCUGCUGAGACGAGAGAAGAACACGCUCCGUCUGCUGGACGACAAGAAGUUUGUGUUCAAUCUGAUGGUGUGCGGCCGGAUGAAUGAUAAUCUGGCUCUGGAGGAGUUGGUUCUUCAUUCUCCGGCUCCACUGGACACGUGUGUCCGUCUGUCGCGAGCUCUGACUCUGGCCGCGCUCAGAGAGAAGGAGCGCUCCGUCGACCUGCAGGCCGCCGCGCGUCACUGUGAGCUCAUGGCCUCUGACCUCCUGACCCUCGCUGCCUCAGCUGGGGGACAUGGCGCAGGCCCUAUCCUCAGGGCCGUGGACCACCGAAGCGCCAGCGUGCUGGACUGCCUGAUCGAGGGCCGGCAGAAGGGAGUGGUUUCCCAUCCGGCGGUGCAGACAUACCUGACGGACGUGUGGCACGGAAGUCUGCAGUGGGAUUCAUGGAAGAUCCUGCUGCUGUUCUUCUGUUUGCUGUUCUUCCCUCCACUGUGGCUGGUGCUCUCACUGCCACUCAGACACAGCUUUAACACCAUCCCAAUCGUGAAGUUCAUGAGUCACCUGGUGUCGCACGUCUUCCUGUUGGCCCUGUUCAUCCUGACGAUCGUGUAUCCGCCUGUGAGUCCUCUGUCCGAGGGCCGUCUGGUGCCCGGCUGGUCUGAGUGUCUGUUGCUGAUCUGGCUCUGUGGGAUGCUGGUGUCCGAGCUGACUUUCCCAGGUGAGCGUGCCGGAUUAGCGUGGAUUCGUCUUCUUCUCCUGGGCUUCUCCGCCGCGGCUCUGCUGUGCCACCUGCUGGCGGUCUUCACCCAGUGGUGGCCACCGUCGCACCUGCACUGCCUGUUCGCUCGAAACGUCCUACUGGCCGUGGCAAUGAUGCUGGCGUUCAUCCAGCUGCUAGAGUUCCUCACAUUCCAUCACUUAUUCGGCCCGUGGGCCAUAAUCAUACGAGACCUGAUGAAGGAUCUGUGUCGGUUCGCUGUGAUCCUCAUGUUGUUCCACACCGCCUUUACGCUGAGUCUCACCGCUCUGUGUCAGCCACUGUAUCCUCAAGAUUGGGACAACAGUACCGGUAACGUGACUGUUCCGGAUCCUUUAAACAUGUCUGUGCUGCUCUUCUUCGCCUUGUUUGGUUUAACCGAACCGGAUAAAAUUCCCGAUCUGGAGCGCUCGCCUCCUGCCACCGCCGUUUUAGCUAAAAUGGUGUUUGGUGUGUAUCUGGUGGUGACAUGCAUUGUGUUGAUCAACCUUCUCAUCGCCAUGAUGAGCGACACGUACCAGCGCAUCCAGGCUCAGUCCGACACAGAGUGGAAGUUUGGCCGUGCCGUUCUGAUCCGCGAUAUGAGCCGCAAGUCCGGAGUUCCGUCUCCGUUCAACCUGUUCACCAACCUGUUCUACUCCAUCAAGGUUCUCUGCAAAAGCGCAGGGAAGAUCUGCUCUGUGGAGUGUCGUAAUGUGAUGAAUGUGGAUGAAGACACUGAAGGUUUGACAGGUUCUCGCUCUUUAGAGCUGCUGGCUCAAGCGCCUGUCAGCUGUGUCAGAGGAAACAAGAGGACGCAGAUCCUCCCCGAGGCAGUCGUGUGGUGUUGCUGUGCAGGCGGUCAGGUGGCGAUGUCCAUGUCUGGAGGACAGGUGCGCGUGGAGAACGUUGUGGAUUGGCCGUCUGUGGUCCAGAAGUUUUUAGCCCAGCGCAGACAGAGGGACAGAUCACCGCCGGAGAGGGACGAAUGAAUGACCGACGGUUUCACCAUGACCUAUGAACAUCAGCCCACCCACCUGAGCCCACAUCACUUUGACUUCCUGUUUAAUUAACACCGUUAGCUUUAGCGUAUCACAGCACGUGCCUUUAUCUGAUAUUCACUCCUCACUAGUCACUUUAUACUAGGGGUCAAAAGUUUGGGGUCAGUAAGAUUUUUUUGUGUUUUUGAAAGAAGUCUCUUCUGUUCACCAAGUCAGCAUUUGUUUGAUUUAAAAAAAACUGUAAAAUUGAAAAAUAUUAUUACAAUUGAAAAAACUGCUUUCUAUGUGAAUAUAUUGUAAAAUGUAAUUUAUUGCUGUGAUCAAAUAUUUAGCAUCAUUACUCCCAUCUUCAGUGUAACAUUAUCCUUCAGAAAUCAUUGUAAUAUGCUGAUGCGCUGCUCAAGAAACAUUUCUGAUUAUUAUCAAUGUUGAAAACAGUUUUGCUGCCCAAUAUGUUUGUGGAAACUAAUACACUAUUUUCAGGAUUCACAGAUGAAUAGAAAGUUUAAAAAGAACAGCAUUUAAUUGAAACAGAAAUCUUUUGUAACGUUAUAAAUGUCUUUAGUGUCACUUCUGAUCAGUCUAAUGCAUCGUUGCUGAAUAAAAGUAUUAAUUAAAAAAAAAAAAAAUCUUAAAAAUCUUACAGACCCCCUAAACUUUGGAAUGGUAGUGUACAUGCUUGUUGUUAUUGUAUUCCUACUUGAUAUCUCAGUCUUACAAUCAUAAAUGUGUUUUAUGGGCUAAUGCUAAAGAUGAUAUACUGUGUGAGGAAACCAACUGCAAUGCUUGCAUUUGUUUUUCAAGCCGUUCACUUGUCAAAAAGAAGUGCCCAAAAGCACUUCUCAAGUAGGAAGUUGAAAACCUUGGAGAAAACACUAAAGCACUGCCAGGAAUAUGUUUUACAGUAUUAUGUUUUUGUUUUAUGGACGUGGAGGAAUAUCUUUAUUUGUUCCUUUUUGUUGUUUUUUACAAACGAAAUGAAAUCCACAUGUAAAUGAUGUGUGCUAAAUAUAGGUACAUAUAGCUGUAUAAUACCUUCAUAGAAAUUAUACAAAAGUGUUUUCAGGGCUCACAACUUGUUUUUGUUCAAGCUGCAUUCAUGUCAUGUCAGAAUCACCAUAAUUCAAUUUCAAGAUCACAAUUAUAACAUUAUGCUCAGAGCUGUUCCAUUGCUUUAAACUCAAAUUAAUCCUCAUAUUUCCAAAACAUACUAACUUCAUAACUGCAGCUGUUGCUGCCUGACUGCCUUUAACUGUGGAAGUCACUGCCAUUUAGGCUGUUUUUCCAUGAUAUCACAUCAAACAAAAGAUCUAAGCUUUCAUAUGAUUCAGAUUUUACAAGUUUUAAUUAUGCUGUAUCUGACAUGAUCUUGGCAAACGUCAUACUGUUGUUUUUUUAACUAGUACUACUAUGUUGUCAACACCGUUAAAUCAUGUUUGUUAGUUCUGCACUUUGCCCGUCACGAAAACAGAAAUAAAAACAAUG